GACGUCACUGAGUGCUGUGUUUGACAGAAAAGACCGGAAGCCGAAGUGAAACAGAGAGCAGCCAGUCGGCCGCGUUUCAGCGCUGCGUUAAUCUGGAGAUUUAGUUCUGCUGAUGGAGAAACCCAGGAUUCCCAGUGAAGCUCCUGUGACUGUUGUUAAUGACACCGCCGGGAUUCAGCGCCGCGGUCUGCUGGAGGCGGCGGGUCCGCGCAGGUCCCCGUACAGCGGCUGUGUCUCCGAGCAGAAUUACCUACGGGCUAGAGCGCGACCCCCAGGCCACUCCAACCGUGAACCGGAGCCUCAAGCUUCAGCAGCUCCUGCCCCAGAUGCAGCGCAGGUGGACGACUGCGAGAGGCUGGGCACUCUCUUUGGAGAGCUGAAUAAGUGUCUGCGAGGCAUCGGCUUCACUCAGCUCUACUUUGGGGAGAAGAUAGUAGAGCCUGUGGUGGUCCUGCUGUUUUGGGCUCUCCUCUGGUUCCUUGGCAUCCAGGCCCUUGGCCUUGUGGGAACUCUGUGCAUUGUCAUCAUCUACAUUCAGAAGUAGAAGGCCUAUGCGGGACAGGCAUGAUAAAGGACAGAUGAACAAGUGCCAGCUUUGUGGCAAAGGAGAGAAAUGGUAGCUCUCUGGCUCUGCCCUGACACAGAUCAGCUUAAUGAAUGUCUGUAGAGAGAGCAUUAUCGUGAAUGAUGUUUUUGGGCAUUUGCCCUUUGCCAGUCUCAAAUGACUACAUAUCCAUUAGGGAUGCACUGAUAUCGGAAUUGUGGGCCAUAGCUGAAAUGUGAUAGCAAUUAGUGCACGCAACUGUCAGUACAGAUGAUUUCAUAUUCACAGAAUGUAGCAAUUGGUACCAAAUCAUAAUGGAUAUUUUAAACUACAGGCUUAGAAAUGUGGGUGAAUAAAAUGCAGGUUUGCUGUUGAAUAGAAUGAAUGUAUUAUUCAAUAUCCGUUGGAAAUAUAGACCAAAUGUAGCUAUGUAAAUAACCAUCUAGUUAUACAUUGAUCAAGCCUAGUAUUAUUACCAUAUAUUUGUUUCUACACCCAUUAUCCAUUUUCAGCUCCACUGAGUAGCAUAUAGGAACCAUUUGUAGUUCUUUAAUUAAAGACUGUAGUCCAGUAUCUCCUUACCUGCAUACUUUAUUAUUAUCCUCCUUUCAUUCUGUUCUUCAAUGGUCAGGACCUCACAGGAAAGACCACCACAGAGCGAGUGGAUCAGACACAGCAGUGCUGCUGGAGUUUUUAAACACUAUGUUCUCUCACUGUCCUCCAUUCUAUUAGACACUCCUACCUGCUGUAGCUGCUCCAUCUUAUAGGGAAAUUAAAGUCAGAAACAGUAGCUCUGUGAUUUGUUGCUGCACAGUUUGUGUUGCGUCAUCCUCCAGUUCUUCAUCAGUGGCCACAUGACUACAGUCUUUAAUCACAGAACUACAAUGUACUACGACAAAUGUGUAAUGGGUAUAGAAACAUAAAGAAGGUGGCCGUAAUAUUAUGCUUGAUCAGUGUACUUGAAGAAAUGAUUUGCAGAUUCCGAUAUGAGUGUGCAUUCCUAGUAAACUUAUACAGUGCCUUGCAAAAAUCUAUUUAUAAGUCCUAAUUUGCUGUAUACAUAUUUUAUCACUAUGAUAUCAAAACCUUGUCUUUUUUAAAGUAAUUUAUCAUUUAGAGAAUCAGCUGGCCUUGUACUUUUCAAGACAACUUUAGUAGAACUGCACCAGUAAAAAUGAUCCAAAAAUCGAAUCAACCUUCAUUCAAUUAAUUUAAGAGUUUUUUUUGUUUUUCUUUACUUUGUCUGAAAAGUUUCCAUUUUGAAGGUACAAGGUUUUAUUCCAGCAGCGAUGAAUUGUUGAUUAAAUAAAAGCUCAUAUAUCAUCUAUAAUGCAAGGGAAUUAUAAACAAGCACUCCCCAUGCUUCUACAGAGCACUAUAAAGCAAAGUUUUUUUUUCUAGUCAAUGAUGAAUAACUUUGGGGAUGGGAUUGACAGCCUGUAAUAUAGUGAAGAAAUCUUUACUGUUAUGUAUGCACUAAGUGAGGUGCUUUGCAUAUAUGCAUGCUUUUUCUGACUAUCAGUUUUUAUUGACUGUGAAUGAAUGCAUUUUCCUGACUAGCAUGGAUGUUGAAGAACAGCACUUUAAACUAUACAAAAUAACACAAAUUGUACCUUAUUCAAACAAAAUGGUACAUAUUAGUAAUACUUUCUAUAUUGAAGGAGGAGAAAUGCUGCAUGGCUUUAUGGAUGUAUUUUAAAUUAUUGUUUCUCAAUCCUGGUCCUGGAGGCCUCUUGCUCUGCACAUUUUAGUGUUUUCCCCAGCUUUCAACACACCUGAUCCAAAUUACAGGCUCAUUAACAGGACCUGGGUUGAGAAACAUUGUCCUGAACUUAUUUGCCUUCUAGUCAUUCCUGUGUAGUCUGUACAGGUGCACUAGAUGGCAGGCUUCCCUUAGCCCCUUUAUUAUCUGAGAACCUGACCAGAAAAAUGAUUGGCUAUAUUUGUAAGGAUGAUAAAUUGUCCAUAAUAGUCAACAAUAUUGUCAUUUUUUAAGACAUUUAAGAAAAGCAUUAUGGAUAAUAUGAAGACCUACAGAAAUGAUGACAUGUACGUAUAUUGAAAGAUAAAUUGAUAAUGUAAUGUAAUGUAAUAUAAGGUCUAUUUAAACCCAACUUGUUAGUUAAUCAUUCCCUCUGUCUCAACAGUAAAGGCAAUUUGCAAUGUGAACAUGCAACGCAUUACCUCCAUUAAGAUUACAAUCAUCUACACCUGUUUACUGCAGAGAAACAGAGCUUAUCCCCAAGAACAGACACUGACUGUAUUUAUUGUGUAAUAAGAAUAUUAUGCACUUAAAUGCUUACGUUGCUGCCUAACAUACAUUGGAAUCAAACCUAAGAGUCCUAUUGUUAUUGAUUGUAAAUGCAUUACAAACAAUAUUAUUUAUAAAAUGACCGUUUAUAAAAUAUAAAAAAAAAUGCAUAUAAUGAAAAAUUUAAAAUUGCCAAGUGCUUCGCAAAGCUGAAAACUAUAAAAGAGGCUAUGUACAUUAAUGUGAGAGAAUUUUGUUCUUUUAAUGCUUUCGAUUUUAUUACACUCAUGUUCUAGAUGAAAGUUAUGAAAAUACUUGUUCAGUAUUUGCAUAAUAUUUAUCUUCUAAAAUGGGAUGAAAACUAUAACUCUUGGAAAGGAAAUGGGUUAAGCUGCUCUUUAAGCUGCUCUUUAUAUGAUUACGGGCAUAUGCUUCACUGCAGAAAUGUCUUUUUCUGCCUCGCGGGUAUGAAUUAUUUCUCUAAAUAAGAUUUUCUGUGAAUCUGAGCUAAGAAUGCAGGGCUGUAGCACAGGUGUACUGUUUCACUAUCACUGUAAUUCAUCACAGUAAUAGGUAUAUUUUUCCCUUCUUCUUUCUGUGUACAAACGCGCAUCAGUGCAGUUUACGGUUUUACCCUCUUGCCUCAUUGAAUACGCGUUGUGCCAUGAAUUUGGAUGAUCAUUUAUGCCUCAUGCUGUAUUUUCUAUCAGUCUUUUGGGAGAAUUUAUUUGAAAUUAAACAUUUUUUGAAAGGAUUUUGCAUCUGUAACUACAAUAUACUUGACUUGAAUAUUUGGGAUUCUGAAUAAAGUUUAUUUAAUGUUUUUAAAGAAAUAAAA